AAGUACAAGUAGAAAGAAAAAUGGAGGACUGAUGCAUCAGCUAGACUGCUAGUGCGUCUGCAUAGUCAUAUCGUUCUUCUGGGCAGGUGUACGUUACGAUACUUGUUCUGCAGGUUCAUCUACGGAAACCUUGUGAGUUCAAUGUUGCGUAGAUCUCGCUUUGUCAGACUGUUUCAGCUUCAAGGUGUAAGAAGUUGCCAAUCGUACUCUAUCUUCUUCUUCGGUUUACUAACCAUUGCAGCCAUUCUAUCUUCUUUCUGUGUUCACCUUUCGAGUGACACCACUGUUCAGAUUGAUCCCUUCUUCACAAACCAAAGACAAACGUGUCCAACAAACUACUCUACAGCCUUUAGUACUGAUCGUCUUGACACAUUGUCGAACACUACAUGCCCGGACUACUUCCGGUUCAUCCACGAAGAUCUAAAGCCAUGGAAAACCACAGGAAUUACAAGAACCAUGGUGGAGAAAGCAAAGAAGACGGCGCACUUUCGGCUAGUGAUUGUUGAUGGAAAGGCUUAUGUUGAAAAUUACAAGAAGUCCAUACAGACAAGGGAUGUGUUUACCAUAUGGGGUAUUUUGCAGCUUCUUAGGAGGUACCCCGGGAAAGUGCCUGACUUGGAGCUGAUGUUUGACUGUAAUGACCGUCCGGUCAUCCGGGACUACUGGUGGAAUCCGACGCAGGUGCCACCGCUGUUCCGGUACUGUGGUGAUAGAUGGACAAAAGACAUCGUGUUUCCUGAUUGGUCUUUCUGGGGCUGGGCUGAGAUAAACAUGAAACCAUGGGAAAGUGUGUUGAAAGAUGUCAAGAAAGGUAACGAGAGGAGCAAAUGGAUGGAAAGAGAACCUUAUGCAUACUGGAAAGGGAACCCAUUAGUAGCACAAAAAAGGAGAGAUCUCCUCAAAUGCAACGUCUCGAGCACAAAGGACUGGAAUGCUCGCUUGUUUAUCCAGGACUGGAUCCUUGAAUCUCUACAGGGCUUCAAGCAAUCAGAUGUAGCAAGCCAAUGCACACAUAGGUACAAGAUAUACAUUGAGGGAACUGCAUGGUCUGUUAGUGAGAAGUACAUACUGGCCUGUGAUUCAGUAACAUUGCUGGUAAAACCAAAAUACUAUGAUUUCUUCACAAGAAGUCUACAACCAAUGCACCAUUACUGGCCUAUAAGGAAUGACAACAAAUGCAAGUCCAUUAAGUUUGCUGUAGAUUGGGGAAACAAUCAUAAACAACAGGCACAAGCAAUUGGGAAAGCAGCAAGCAGCUUCAUUCAGCAAGAACUGAAGAUGGACUAUGUGUACGGUUACAUGUUUCAUCUACUAAAUGAAUAUGCCAAACUAUCCAAAUUUGAGCCAAGAGUACCGAAAGGAGCUACACUUAUGUGCACAGAGACACUCGCUUUCGCUGCAGAUGAGUCGGAGAAAAAGUUCAUGACAGAAUCAUUGGUGAAGAGUCCGUCCAUGACAAACCCCUGCACCAUGCCGCCUUCCUAUGAACCCCAAGAUCUUGCAAACUUAUAUAGGAAUAACAUCAAUUCAAUUAAACAAGUAGAAAAAUGGGAAGAUAAGUACUGGGAGAGUAUCCAUAAUAAGCAGCAGUAA